AAUAGUGAAAGUAAAAUGAUUAUCCAUCGAAUGUAUUGUAUUUCAUCAAAUAGGGGGUAGAAAGACUCUAUGGGAAAAUGGUGGUUCCGUUCGAUGUUGUCUAACGAGAAGUUAGAACAUAGGUGUGGGCUAAGUAAAUCUAGGUGUGGGCUAAGUAAAUCAAUGGAUAGUCUUGAUGGUAUUGGACAUACCAGUAGAAGUGAACAACCUAUUCUAAACGAUACGAAGAACGAUACGAAGAAAAAGAUUCCUAGUUGGAAUCAUAGUGGUAAUUAUAGUUUCACUAAUGUUGAUUCUUUAUUUGAAAUCAAGGAUAUUUGGAGUUUGAUCUCUGAUGACACUUUUUUAGUUAGGGAUAGUAAUGGUGACAGUUACUCUGUAUAUUUUGAUAUUGAAAAUCAGAUUUUUGAGGUUGACAAUGAUAGUUCUUUUCUGAGUGAACUAGAAAAAAAACUUUCUAGUUAUUUGAGUAGGGGGUCUAAGAAAAAGAAUCACUACUAUUAUCAUUACAUGUAUGAUACUCAAUCUGGUUGGAAUAAUCACAUUAAUAGUUGCAUUGAUAGUUAUCUUCGUUUUGAAGUCAGUAUUAAUAGUUCUAUUUCGGGUAGUACCAACAAUUACAGUGACAGUUACUUUUAUAACUUCAUUUGUACUGAAAAUAGAAAUAGUAGUGAGAGCGGUAGGUCUAGUAAAAGAACUAGAAAAAAUUUCAAUGAUUUCCAUGAAGAGGUGGAAUCCGAUUUCCAUGAAGAAGUAGAAUUCCACGAAGAAGUAGAAUCCGACUUCCAUGAAGAAGUAGAAUCCGAUUUCCAUGAAGAAGUAGAAUUCCACGAAGAAGUAGAAUCCAAUGAUUUCAAUGAAGAAGUAGAAUCUGAUUUCAAUGAAGAAGUGGAAUCCGAUUUCAAUGAAGAAGUGGAAUCCGAUUUCAAUGAAGAAGUGGAAUCCGAUUUCAAUGAAGAAGUGGAAUCCGAUUUCAAUGAAGAAGUAGAAUUCCAUGAAGAAGUAGAAUUCCAUGAAGAAGUAGAAUCCGACUUCCAUGAAGAAGUAGAAUCCAAUGAUUUCAAUAUAAAUCAAAAAUACAAACAUUUAUGGGUUCAAUGCGAAAAUUGUUAUGGAUUAAAUUAUAAAAAAUUUUUUAAGUCAAAAAUGAAUAUUUGUGAACAGUGUGGAUAUCAUUUGAAAAUGAGUAGUUCAGAUAGAAUUGAACUUUCGAUUGAUCCCGGAACUUGGGAUCCUCUGGAUAAAGAUAUGAUAUCUAUAGACCCCAUUGAUUUUCGUUCAAAAGAGGAACCUUAUGGAGAUCGUAUCGAUUCUUAUCAAAGAAGGACAGGUUUAGCUGAUGCUAUUCAAACAGGCAUAGGUCAAAUAAAUGGUAUUCCCGUAGCAAUUGGCGUUAUGGAUUUUCAGUUUAUGGGAGGUAGUAUGGGAUCCGUAGUAGGCGAGAAAAUUACUCGUUUGAUCGAGUAUGCUACUAAUCGAUCUCUACCUGUCAUUAUUGUGUGUGCUUCUGGAGGAGCACGCAUGCAAGAAGGAAGUUUGAGCUUGAUGCAAAUGGCUAAAAUAUCUUCUGCUUCAUCUAAUUAUCAAUCAGAUAAAAAGUUAUUCUAUGUAUCAAUUCUUACAUCUCCUACAACUGGUGGAGUAACAGCCAGUUUUGGUAUGUUGGGGGAUAUCAUUAUUGCUGAACCUAACGCCUACAUUGCAUUUGCGGGUAAAAGAGUAAUUGAACAAACAUUAAAAAAGGUAAUACCUGAAGGUUCACAAGUGUCUGAGUAUUUAUUCCAUAAAGGUUUAUUCGACCCAAUAGUACCACGUAAUCUUUUAAAAGGUGUUCUGGGUGAGUUAUUUCAGCUCCACGGUUUCUUUCCCUUGAAUCCAAGUUCAAAAAUGUAAAGUAUAGCACUAGAUUCAGUUAUUUUAUUUGUAGCGAACAAGUAUUUAAUUCGUCGUAAUCAGGUGUUUUCUUUGGUGACAUAAGUUCUCCUUGUAAUAAGAGACAGAGGUUUCGGAUAAUUUUUAUUUUAUAUUUUAUUAUAUUUUAUUUAUUAUAUUUUAGAAUAUAGAAUAUAUAGUUUUAGAAUAUAGAAUAUAUAGUUUCUAUCUAGUCAUUUUCUAUCUAAUCAUAUAGAAUUAUAGUUGAUAUUACUUAUUACUUAUAAAUAAAUAUUAUAAAUAAAUAAUAUUUAUUAUAAUUUUUUAUAAUAUAUUUAUAAUAUAAUAAUGGCUUGAUAUAAUAUAAUAAUGGCUUGAUAUUACUUAUAAUAGAUAUAUCAUAAGUAAUAGAUAUAUCAUAAGAAGAUAUCUUUCUAAUAGAUAGAAAUAUUAAAACAGAUAGAAAUAUUAAAUUGAGGCACCUAUUCUAUGACAGAUCCCAACUUACCCUCUAUUUUUGUGCCUUUAGUGGGCCUAGUAUUUCCGGCAAUUGCAAUGGUUUCCUUAUUUCUUCAUGUCCAAAAAAAUAAGAUUGUCUAGACCCAAUGGGACCGAAUCUUAUCAAUUUAUUUCAACACUGGAUGAUAAUACAGAUAUUUAUCUCGUGUAAUAUGGUAUGAUAUGUGGCUCUUUCCGAACACACAAAUGAAAGAAUCGUUAUGCGGAUAUAUGAUAUCUGCAUAAAUGCAUGUAUAUGUGAAUAUAGCUGGUUCAAAAUGGAUUAGUGAAUAUUUUAAAUAGAAAGUCAAUGUAUCUAACCAAUUACUCUCCUAAUGUUUCACAUCAGAAUAGUGCUAGUUGAUGAAAGUUACUUCGGGAUCAAGAAAGGUAAAGUCAAAUUUAUUUGGGUUAUUCGCUCAAUUCCAAUCGAAUGCACUGGAUCUAGUAUAGUAUGAAUUGGCGAUCAGAACAUAUAUGGAUAGAACUUAUAACGGGGUCUCGAAAAACGAGUAAUUUUUGCUGGGCCUGUAUCCUUUUUUUAGGUUCACUAGGAUUCUUAGUGGUUGGAACUUCCAGUUAUCUUGGUAGGAAUUUGAUACCCGUAUUUACAUCUCAGCAAAUCAUUUUUUUUCCACAAGGGAUCGUGAUGUCUUUCUACGGGAUCGCGGGUCUAUUCAUUAGCUCGUAUUUGUGGUGCACAAUUUCGUGGAAUGUAGGUAGCGGUUAUGACCGAUUCGAUAGAAAAGAAGGAAUAGUGUGUAUUUUUCGCUGGGGAUUUCCUGGAAUAAAUCGUCGCAUCUUCCUUCGCUUCUUUAUGAGAGAUAUCCAAUCAAUCAGAAUAGAGGUUAAAGAGGGUCUUUAUACUCGUCGUGUCCUUUAUAUGGAAAUCAGAGGCCAAGGAGCCAUUCCCUUGACUCGUACUGAUGAGAAUUUUACUCCACGAGAAAUUGAACAAAAAGCUGCCGAAUUGGCCUAUUUCUUGCGCGUACCAAUUGAAGUAUUUUGAAACGAACUGAAGUGAAGAAUAAAAUGAAGAAUAAAUAUUUUCUCAAGAUGGGGGAAGGAACUUGCUAAUUCCUCUUUUAAUACAACUGAAGUUUCUUCAUUCUUUUAUACUAGAAAAAGGUCUAAUCUAACUAACGAAUCUAAUCUAAUAAGUAUAGAUAUAAAUUCAUCAAACCUAUCCGAACAUGUAUUUCGUAAUACAGAAUUCAUCUUUUUAGGCCCAAGAUUUGGAAUUGAUACCCUUUUCUGGUUAGACGGUGAAACAUUUCGAAAGAAUUAAUUGAUCCAGGGGGAGUUUUUUCGUCUCGAAACUCGAUUCGUUACUUCAAGUGGGUUUUCGAGUAUUCAUCGAAAGGAACAAAUGAAAAUAAAAUUGGUUCAAAUUUGCCCAAUUGAGAUAUCUGGAAUAAUAUUUAUUUCUUUUUUUCUCAUUUUCAUCCGAAAAGAACUCUUAUUCUAUGUCUAUAUUCCUUCUAAAUCAAAAAAAAAAUAAAAUUAUUACACAAUAAUAGGAAAGGAAUAGACCCAUAGGUCAAUACCUUGUUAUACAACUCGUGCUUCAAAGAAAUAUCAGAUCAGAUAGAGUCAACGAAUGAAGCAGGUUCAUUAACAAUUCAAUUCACAGAAAAAAAAAAAUGAAAAAAAAGAAAGCAUCGGCCUCCCUCCCAUAUCUCGCAUCUAUAGUAUUUUUGCCCUGGUGGGUCUCUUUCUCAUUUAAUAAAUGUCUGGAACCUUGGGUUACUAAUUGGUGGAAUACCAGGCAAUCCGAAAAUUUUUUGAAUCAUAUUCAAGAGAAAAACGUUCUGGAAAGAUUCAUAGAAUUAGAAGAACUAUUCCUAUUGGACGAAAUGAUAAAGGAGUACCCGGAAACGCAUAUACAAAAACUUCAUAUAGAAAUACACAAGGAAACAAUACAAUUAGUCAAAGCACACAAUGAAUAUGAUCUCCAUAUCAUUUUGCAUUUCUCGACAAAUAUAAUCUGUUUCGCUAUUCUAAGUGGUUAUUUUAUUCUGAGUAAUGAAGAACUCGUCAUUCUUAAUUCUUGGGUUCAGGAAUUCCUCUAUAACUUAAGUGACACAAUAAAAGCUUUUUCUAUUCUUUUAGUUACUGAUUUAUGGAUCGGAUUUCACUCGACCCAUGGUUGGGAACUAAUGAUUGGUUCGGUCUACAACGAUUUUGGAUUGGAUCAUAACGAUCAAAUUAUAUCUGGUCUUGUUUCCACUUUUCCAGUUAUUCUAGAUACAAUUGUGAAAUAUUGGAUCUUCCUUUUUUUAAAUCGUGUAUCUCCUUCGCUUGUAGUAAUUUAUCAUUCAAUGAAUGAAUAAAGAACUCAUUUGAUCUUAUUAUAUCAAUCAAAUCAGAAUCUUUCUUCGUGUAUAAAGAAAGUAUUUUCAAUUUGACUUAAUUCUUUAUACUUUUAUCUGUUCAAGGUAUUCGUCCUAUAUUCCAGUACAAUUAUUCCAGUACAAUGACAGACUCGUGUAUAGGGAACUAUACUAGCUACCUAUCUAAUUUAUUGUAGAAAUUCGGGGAUCAAUGAUUGGACAUGCAAAAUAAAAAUACUUUUUCUUGGGUAAAGGAAGAGAUGACUCGAUCCAUUUCUGUAUCGAUCAUGAUAUAUGUAAUAACUCGGGCAUCUAUUUCAAAUGCAUAUCCCAUUUUUGCGCAGCAGGGUUAUGAAAACCCGCGAGAAGCAACGGGACGAAUUGUAUGUGCCAAUUGCCAUUUAGCUAAUAAACCCGUGGAUAUUGAAGUUCCGCAAGCUGUGCUUCCUGAUACUGUAUUUGAAGCAGUUGUUCGAAUCCCUUAUGAUAAGCAACUGAAACAAGUUCUUGCUAAUGGUAAAAAGGGGACUUUGAAUGUGGGGGCUGUUCUCAUUUUACCCGACGGAUUCGAAUUAGCCCCCCUUGAUCGUAUUUCUCCUGAGUUGAAAGAAAAGAUAGGAAAUCUGUCUUUUCAGAGUUAUCGUCCCAACAAAAGAAAUAUUAUUGUGAUAGGUCCUGUUCCCGGUCAGAAAUAUAGUGAAAUCGUCUUUCCCAUUCUUUCCCCCGACCCUGCUACGAAGAAAGACGUUCACUUCUUAAAAUAUCCCAUAUACGUAGGUGGGAACAGAGGAAGGGGUCAGAUUUAUCCUGAUGGUAGCAAAAGUAACAAUACAGUCUAUAAUGCUACAUCAGCAGGUAUAGUAAGCAGAAUAGUACGUAAAGAAAAAGGGGGAUAUGAAAUAACCAUAGUUGAUGCAUCGGAUGGACAUCAAGUGGUUGAUAUUAUACCUCCAGGACCAGAACUUCUUGUUUCAGAGGGUGAAUCCAUCAAGCUUGAUCAACCAUUAACAAGCAAUCCCAAUGUGGGAGGCUUUGGUCAGGGAGAUGCAGAAAUAGUGCUUCAAGACCCAUUACGGGUCCAAGGUCUUUUGUUCUUCUUGGCAUCUGUUAUUUUGGCACAAGUUUUUUUGGUUCUUAAAAAGAAACAGUUUGAAAAGGUUCAAUUGUACGAAAUGAAUUUCUAGGUGCAGAGAUUCCUUAACAUCAAGUUGGUAAAAAGCGCCGAAUUUUUUUUGAUCCAUACAAUUAUGUAUGAUCAAAAAAUCUGUAAACCUUUUUGGUUGCUUUGUUUAUACUUUUUUUUCGUUUUGCGGGAUGUCUGGAAUUCAUUACUUGUAUCCUAUUCUUAGUAAUAGACAAUAGACAUACAAAGAAAGAGAAUACAGAGCAAGGAUGGGAAAAAUGAAAGAAAGAAAUCCUUUUAGGAGGGAUUACUAGUCUUACGAGUCUUCUAUUCGACACAAGAAAAGGGCGGAAAAUCCUUUUUCUUGUGUCGUCUUAUAUCGAAAUAAUAAUGAUUUUUUCUCCUGUUCGUCAAAGAUUACCAUUCCUUCUUUUCCGGGUCCACCAGAACUCUUUUGGUUAGAUUCAUAGGAAGUUGUGGACAAACAAAAAGAGAGAAAGGAUUAGGGGAAUAAUUGAUUGAGCAAAUAGAACUUCUUCAAUUAACUUAAACUUUUAACUUAGAGAAAUUAUUCAAGAGAAAUUAUUCAAACAAAUUAUAUUAUAGAGUUUUAUAGAGUAAGUUCUAUAGAGUAAGUUCUAUUAGUAGUUUAGUAUAGAAAUUAUUUGCAGGAUGUCUCAUGCGUAGAAAUCUAUAUAAUAUUGUAUUAUUCAGAAAAUCCAUUGAUUACUCUUUUCUUGUUUCUUCAUAAGAGUUAAUAUUAUGGAGGAAAGGAAGAACAGAGACUAUGAAUCAAUCAAUAGAUUCAAUUCUUCAAAAACAUUAUUAAGAAACAAAAGAAUAGAGUGGUUUGAAACAUCAGAGCAAAGGAUCCGUUUUGUCAUUUCAUUUCUACGAAUAUAAUAUUUUGAUUAUGUUGACUGGCCAAUUUGUAUGUUAUGGAAUAGAUCAUAAUCUUCCUAUAAGAGUAAGAAAAGAACUCAACGGGACCUUAUCGCUCUAAUUAGACAAAGGAGGGUAAGGUCCCGUUGAGUUCUUUUCUUACUCUUUCAUGUCUACAAUCCGGUUUAUCCGAUUACUAGAGAGAUGAACCCAACCCAGAAUAUGAACCGUAAAAGAAAACACCUAUUAAACCGAUCACAGGAAUACCAGUUACAGUACCAACCAGCCAAAGAGGAAUCCUUCCAGUAGUAUCGGCCAUUUCCCCUACUUUCCUCCACAUUUUCUCAAAUGGUCGUGCUAGAGACAAAAACAGUCAUGGAUAAUUAUGAGGAUGGUAUCUUUCCGAAUGGGAUAAGAGAAUUCCUACUAUUCUCUUUCUUUCUUUCAAUUGAAGAAAUAAUUGGAAAAUAAAACAGCAAGUACAAAAAUGAGUAAUAAACCCCAGUAUAGACUGGUACGAUUCAAUUCAACAUUUUGUUCAUUCGGGUUUGAUUGUGUCAUAGCUCUAUAAUUCAAAUUAGGUUUAUCGUUGGAUGAACUGCAUUGCUGAUAUUGACCCCAAAAAAGAAACGGUAGGUACAGCUAGUCCGUGAACAGCCAACCAUCGCACUGUAAAAAUUGGAUAGGUUCGAUCUAUGGUCAUUGGGGGCCUCCUAAAAGGAUUUACUAAAUUCAUCAAGUUGUUCCAAAGAAUCAAAACGGCCGGUUAUCAAUGGAAUACCUUGUCGGCUCUCUGUGAAAUACUCGUUUGGCCGAGGACUUCCAAACACGUCGUAAGCUAAACCCGUACUGACGAAUAACCAACCCGCAAUGAAUAGGGAAGGUAUAGUAAUGCUAUGAAUGACCCAGUAUCGAAUACUGGUAAUAAUAUCAGCAAAAGAACGUUCUCCCGUGCUUCCAGACAUUCUGAGCUCCACAAAUUUUUGUACAUUCAAAAAAGGGAAUCGAUUCCUUGAAAGAUGGGAUCAGUAAAUGGAAAACUACUGAUAUUGCAUCUUUGUGAGAUCGUCAAUUUUGUACCAAAGGUUUAUUUCAAGUAUACCGAAUCAGUAUAGCUAUCCUUCCUCUGGCACAGCAACGCAGUCUCGAUCGGUACCGAAAUGCUACAUAAUUCUUUUCUUCUUUUUUUGUUCCUUGUCUAUGCAUAACUCUAUGUUAUUCAAUAGAUCAAUAGAAAAUUACUCAAAUUCCUUAUAAGAUUUCCAUUAUUGGAUUCAUAAUAGAAAGUAAAGAUCUUGGAAAAGCGUGAAUCGAUGGUUUCUAAUAAUUUAUGAAGCAUAUUAUAAUAUUCACACAAUUCAAUUAUAUGUAUGCGAAAUCUAUAAUAAACCCAUUUUUUGGUUAAAAGUUUUUUUGUUCAAAUCUUUUUAUUUCAAGUAAUUGGUUGGUCGUAUAAUACAAUAAAUAUACUGUAAUACAAAAUACAAUAGUAUAUACUAUAUUAGUGAAAGAAACAGAACAUGAAAGAAACAGAACCCAGUUGGAACAAUCCAUAUUCGUGAUGCAACCGUUAUUGUAUUAGAUCCAAAACAAAGGUUCUUUCUUGACCAAACUAGAAGUAUGGAACUCCAUGAUAUGGAAAGACAGAAUAUAGAAUCUAAAAGGAUAAUGGAAGUUGUUCGUCUUUGAAUCGAGUUGGACCUGAAAAAAAAGAAUAAAAAUAUAAAAAUGAAAAAUAGAGUAAAGGUUUUAUUUUUUUCGAUAGAUCGUGGGACACCUUUUUCUUUUCAUUCGAAAUAUUAUGUUAUGGGCAAUUAAGCAACCUAUUACUGUACUGAGUCCAAUGAGUUAAAAUAAAUAAAAGGUAAAUAGUAUCAGGCCGUUCGUUCCAAAAAGGAUUAGAUCCUAUUGAAAUAGAAAGGAAAUGAUUAAAAUGGAAUUUUCAAAUCCAAUUCUUUUAUUCCAAAAUUACUUAAAUUACUUAUAUUUUAUUUAAUAUUUUAUUUAAUAUUUAAGUAUAAGUCCAUAAGUAAUUUAAGUUUUGAAUGAAGUUACACGGCACAGUUCUUAAUUACUAUUACUUUUACUUAUACUUUAUAUUUUACUUACUUUUACUAUUACUUUAUUCAACUCACAAAUACUUUAUUCAACUCACAAAUUCCACAAUGAAUCUGUUGAUUCCGAAUCAUAGGAUCGGUCAAUGUCACAGCAGAUGAAUCGAAUUUUUCUACCUAUGUCACUCUUAGUUAGUCUUAUCUAUAAUGACUGAUGAAUCCAGAAUUUUCAAUUGGAACUAAACUAAUUCUGUCAAUUGAUUUUUUCUUGCCGUCGUAUUUUGUAAAAAUUGAAACUUAGGUAAGUGUUUUAUCAACAUAUGUAGCAAAAGAACAUAUCUAAUUUAGCUCUUUCAUGCUUACUAUAACUAGUUAUUUCGGUUUUCUACUGGCUGCUUUAACUAUAACCUCAGCUCUAUUCAUUGGUUUGAACAAGAUACGACUUAUUUGAAAUGAAUUGAAUGAAAAAUUGAUAAAAACGAAUAUUUCUCUGAGAUUCCGGGUAUUCUAUGGUUCUUUCUCACAUCAAUUGCCAAUUCUUGGUCAUUGAGAUUCACGGAUAAUUCAGAUUAAUAUUUAGGGAUAGAUCUUACCUUUCUUUUUAUCCCCUUAAACAAACCGAAAUGAUUGAAGUUUUUCUAUUUGGAAUCGUCUUAGGUCUAAUUCCUAUUACUUUAGCAGGAUUAUUCGUAACCGCAUAUUUACAAUAUAGACGUGGUGAUCAGUUGGACCUUUGAUUGAGUAAUAUUUCUUUCUUUUUUUGAUUGACCUCCUGCAGGAAGGAGGUCAAAUUCAAGUUACAAUUCAACUUUUUGUUUUGUUAAAUUAUUAAUUAUUUUAUUGUGAUUCGACAUCAAAUAAACCGAAUCACGCUCUGUAGGAUUUGAACCUACGACAUCGGGUUUUGGAGACCCGCGUUCUACCGAACUGAACUAAGAGCGCUUUCUUAUCCUUAUGACAGGAGAUACGACUGUACUGUAAAGAAAAGUAAUUUUUCUACCCCCAAUACGUCUUGCAUACAUAUAGUAUGCAAGACCGGAAGAUUAUGUCCAAUUUUAAUCGAUCUCAAUGAAUCCCUCGUUACUGCCCAUGGGAGAAGUAAUAGGUAGGGAUGACAGGAUUUGAACCCGUGACAUUUUGUACCCAAAACAAACGCGCUACCAAGCUGCGCUACAUCCCUUUUCAAAAUUGUUGUACAGUUUCAUUGUACAAAAUCCCUGUCUUGUUUUCCAUAUCGUCAUUUUCUCCUCCAUCUAUAUACAAUUUUCUUGUCAUUUCUUCUUUUUGGUUUCAUAUAAUAAAAGAAUUAUAUACAUCUGAAACCUAACGUAUAAAAAAGUUAAUAUUUAUCAGUAAUGCUCAGGAACAAGGGAUUAGAUUUUUUUUCUUUUACAAAAAAAGAAAAAAAUCUAUUGCUUCAUUGUACAUAUCUAUUUUAGUUAGGAAUCCUGUUUAGUUAGGAAUUCCGUGUAAAAAAAUACAAAUGAUCUUGAACUACAGCAUCUGACCAUAUAUGUAUUACAAUCCAUAAUAGAAGGAGGAUUUUCAAUGCGAGAUAUAAAAACAUAUCUCUCCGUGGCACCUGUGCUAAGUACUCUAUGGUUUGGGUCUUUAGCAGGCCUAUUGAUAGAAAUUAAUCGGUUAUUUCCGGAUGCCUUGUCAUUCCCCUUUUUUUAAUUCUAGUUAUUGAUUGAUAUGCGAAGAAAUGAAGAAAAUUAGAGAUACAAUUCCACGUGACUAAAAUUUCGAAUUUCGCCCCUAUUUUUUCAGUUCUUUAGGAUAGGAAGGAAAAGAAAAAAGUGUAUUGAACCUCAGCAAAAAUGUGGUAGAUCGAAGAUCGAAUUUUGGAGAACAGAAAUGAAAAUGUGGAUCCAGUCUACGGCGAGUUCCACGAAAUCAUAGCAUAGAAAGAAGAUAUUUAACUUAAAUAAUAAAUAAAAUAAAUAUUAAUAAAAUAUUGAGAUUUAGGAUAGGAACAAUUGAGAGUUAGAAAGAAAUUGUAUUAUUUAAUUAUUACUCCAUUAAAUUAUUACUUUAUUAUUCUAGUAAAAUUGUUACUCCAUUAAUAUAAUAUUAAUUAUCAUUAUAUAAUGAAAUGAUAAUUGCAACGAAAUACUUAGAAAUUCCAUUUCUAGUUAGUAACUUCUAUCGAUUUUUUUUGUUCUUUUCUUCUUCUUCAGCUCGGAUCGAAAAUAGAAGAGUUAAGCCGAUCCAAAAUUCAAAGGAGGUUCAUGGCCAAGGGUAAAGAUGUCAGAGUCAUAGUUAUUUUGGAAUGUACCAGUUGUGCCCGAAAUGAUGUCAAUAAAGAAUCGCCAGGUAUUUCUAGAUAUAUUACUCAAAAGAAUCGACACAAUACGCCUGGUCGAUUAGAAUUGAGAAAAUUUUGUCGCUAUUGUAACAAGCAUACGAUUCAUGGAGAAAUAAAGAAAUAGAUCGAACAGAACGCGUGUGCGCUCUCGCCAAGGAAGAGGAAGAACUUAACAUAUAUUUAGAAGAACUUAACAUAUAUUUAACAUACUUAACAUAUAUUUAACAUAUAUAAUAUACAUAAUGUAUAAUAUACAUAAUGUAUAAGAUAUAUAAUAUACAUAAUGUAUACAAAUCAAAGCCUAUUUUGGUCGGAUCUGAACUGAAGUGAAUAAAGAAAUAGAAUUUUAGAAAUAAGGAAUAAACCAUGGAUAAAUCCAAGCAAUCUUUUCGUAAAUCCAAGCGAUCUUUUCGUAGGCGUUUGCCCCCAAUUGGAUCGGGGGAUCGAAUCGAUUAUAGAAACAUGAGUUUAAUUAGUCGAUUUAUUAGUGAACAAGGAAAAAUAUUAUCUAGGCGGGUGAAUAGAUUGACUUUGAAACAACAACGAUUAAUUACUAUUGCUAUAAAGCAAGCCCGUAUUUUAUCUUUGUUACCUUUUCUUAAUAAUGAGAAACAAUUUGAGAGAGCCGAGUCGAUCCCCAGAACUACUGGUCCUAGAACCAAAAAUAAAUAGACAUACUCUUCAAUUGACUCAAAACUCCAAUUGUAACUCAAGCUCAGAUUGAUGUUUUGUUCGAAAAGGCCUAGAAUCUAGAGCGGGUUCCUGUGUUAUAAGAAACAAAAAAUGGAGAAAAUUUUUUUUAUUGAAACAUAUUCGUUCAUUCCUAUUACUAUCUUAAUUUCUUUUUAUUCUAUUUUCCCGGAGUUCCUUCUCCGGGGAAUUCUGUUUCAAUCAUUCCUGUACUGUAUAUUACUUUAGAAUCUACUUUAUUUGAUGAUCUUGUUGGAAAUCAUGUAAAGACAAUUCUUAUUUGAUAUAGCUAUUUGUGCAGGUAUUUUACGAUUAAGAAGCAAUUGCUUCUUGUACAGAUUGUGUAUUAAUCUACUAUAACUAUACAAUACCUUAUUAUCACGAGUUACUGCAUUUAUCCGAGUGAUCCACAAACGACGAAAAUCCCUCUUUUGCCUGCCUCUAUCUCGAUGAGAGGAAGCCAAAGCUCUCAUUUUCUGUUGAGUAAUCGUUCGAGUAAGUCUUGAAUGAGCUCCUCUAGAGGUUGAUGCAAAUAAACGAAUUUUUGUUCGACGUCUCCGAGCUGUAUAUCCCCGUCUAACUCUGGUCAUUGAAUCAAAUUAAACCUUAAUGAAUAACUAAUUGAUUUCGAUUCUUUCAGUCAUCCUUUUCCCCUCUCACGGUCGAUUAAUAACAAAACGGAUUAUUCCGAUAUAUAAAAUAUAAAUUCCAAUGGCUUUUGCUACUAUAACCUUCCUGACCACAAUUUUUUAUUCCGUCCAGGCAUUUCACCUGCAAAUAAGAAAUUAUAAUGAUACUCAAAAAAAAUAGUGGGUUCCAUCGUUUCUAUGGUUACUUCUUAAACGGUGAGGUCCUCUCUAUACACCGGAGCCUCUUCUUUCAUUUAACCAAAUGGUAUUGUGAACUUGUAUAGUUCACACUCUUUGGCUCUACCCAUCAAUUAUAGAGUAAUAACUCUUUUCACACUAAGAGUUAUCUAUACAGUGACGGCAUUUAAUUAGGAAAGUUGGCUAGGUAGCUGACCCUCUUAGUCCGCUCUUUUAACAAUAGGCGCAUAAUCUUUUUGCUUCUUAUAAUACUAUUUCCUCCGCUUAAUGGAUAACUAUUUGCUACCAAUGGGGAAUUGCUUUUCAUCUCAAAUCUAGGUGAUUGGAUUUGCACCAAUGGAAACCAUAAAUUCCAUACACAAUAUAGGUAUAUGAUAGAUCUUUUCCAUUUACCCUAUUCAUUGGUACCGGUCAUUGACACUGGAAAAAUUGUCUCAUUUGUUCGAACUCAUGAUCUGAACGAGUCGCACAUACACCCUAGUACAUGUUCCUCGACGCUGAGGACAUCCUCUAAGAGCGGGAGAUUUCGUAACAUUUCUUAUCGGCUGUCUUGCGUUUCUAAUAAGUUGUUUAAUAGUUGGCAUGUCGUAUAUAUAUAUAUGUAUAUAUAGAAUUAGAAUGGAAUGGGUUGGUUUAGAUCGAUCUUAACCUGAUGAUUGGAUUGAUGAUUAUGAAUUUUUUCUAUUCAAUACCAAAUCACAGAAAAUUCGAAUUAUGGUUUGAAAUGGAUUUACACGAAAUCCCCGGUAUUUUCAUUUUCGACCGCUACGAGAUCAACAAUGCCAUGAGCUUGGGCUUCUGUUGCUGACAUAAAAACAUCCCUUUCCAUGUCUUCGGAUACAACCCAUAAAGGCUUGCCCGUUCUUUGUACAUAAACCUUUGUGAGGGUUUCACGAAGUUUCAGUAGUUCUUCCAUUUCCAGGACAAAUUCCCCUGUUCGUGAUUCAUAAAAAGAACUAGCAGGUUGAUGAAUCAUGACCCUAAAUAUAUUGAUAUUGAUAUAACAUCAUGAACGGUUCCUCUAUCUCGUAUGAUUGGGCUAAUGUAAGGGAUAAAAAAAAAAUAACAAGAAGAAAUUGAACAACCGUACAGGCAUCUUCUGUGCGUUGCAUACGGCUCCGCAAUGGAAUUUACUUUUUUCUUCUCUUCUAUUCUAUCUAAGAAAGAAAGAGAAUCCAUCUGAUUCAGAUCGUUGAAUGAUCCAUUUACCACCCUUCCUUUCGUAGGAGUCAAAAAUACUAUGAUGGUUCUGUUGCUUUAUAUAUUUAUCUCGUCUGUGAUUUAGCAAUCCCAAAGUGCCUUUCUGAUACGAUCAAAUAAGGAAAACUGAUCUUUUUUUUUUUCAUUUUCGUACUCUUCCAUAACAUAAAUAUCAGAAAGAAACUUCUGGUGUGGAAGAAAAAUGGUUUGUGACGCUGAAAUGUACCCCCGACACAUAAAAUCAACAAAUCGGAAAUAACCUUUGUUUCAUACUACUAUCUCGAUACAAAAUCUCAUGUUAUGAAAAAACAAUAAUGGUUUGUUCAUAUCGAACUCGAAGUGCCAUGCUAUUAUUACUUAUUAUUCAUAUUCAAUAUGGCGAAGGCAUAGUCUUUCUUUUUUUUUUCAAAUAAAAACUCAUUGGCGCCAAGCGUGAGGGAAUGCUAGACGUUUGGUAAUUUCUCCUCCGAUCAGAAUGAAAGAUCCCAUAGAAGCGGCUAACCCCAUGCAUAUUGUAUGCACAUCGGGUGGCACAAAUUGCAUAGUAUCAUAAAUAGCUAUUCCUGAUACUACCCAUCCGCCGGGAGAGUUUAUAAACAAAAAAAGAUCCCUAGUAUUAUCUUCUAUACUGAGAUAUACCAUGAGACCAACAAUUUGAUUUGAGAUCUCGCUAUUAACCUCUUGACCUAAAAAAAGUAAUCUUUCUCGAUGAAGUCGGUUGAUUAGGACAAAAUUGGUUCCUUUAGGAACUGUACGUGCACCUUUGGAUGCAUACGGUUCAAAAAAAUUGCGAAAAAAGAAUCAAUGUGUCGAUUCCAGUUCUAUUUUUUUUUUUUUUUUUUCUGUAAUAGGUUUUUGUUUUUCUAAUAAAGCUUCCAUUUUUAAAAAGACAUGAGAUGAGUUUUGGCUUCCUUACCUAUAAAAAAAGAAUUUACUGAACUUAUUGAAAUUGAACAAAUCUCUCUCAUUGAUGUAUUGUUUCAUCGACAUUCAAAUCACGAUGUAAUUUUCUUGUUUCUGAAUGGGCCUUUUCAAUUCUUUUAGGUUCAUGUUCUACUCCGGGAAAAGAUCUGUCCGAAUUCCAUUUGCACAUAUAGGGCAAAUGGUCUCAGUACCACUUCUUUUUGUUACGACUUUUUUUUUUCAAUUCGUUUCAUGCCUUUCCCCAAUCAUUCGAUGUACUCAUCAUACUAUUCCGUUGGUUAUUGGUUGGACGUUUGAAAUCACUCCUAUAAUAAGGAUAAGAAUCGUUUAUGAUACAAGCGGUAAUCAUACAUUACAUGGAUUACCAAUUUGGUAUUUUCUGAACGGAGCCUGGAUACUUUAUUACUUUAUUUUAUCUGGAUACUUUAUUACUUUAUUUUAUUUUUAUUUUUCCAAGUCAACCAUAAAUUCUCCUAAUUGAUCCUCAAAAUAAAUAAAUUGAUCUAAUUGCACUUCACGCUCCGAAUGAUUGAUGGUUCACUCAAUACAAUAUUUCUUAGGCGAAACAGAGGAUAUUUCGAUCGAGGGAGAGAGAACGGGUAAAUUCCAUAUAACCCAAUAUGUCUGACAAGUCGCACUAUAAGUCAACCCAAACUGCAUCUUCCUCUCCAGGACUCCGAAAAGGUACUUUUGGAACACCAACGGGCAUUAAAUUAAAGAAAAAAUUGAGUACUAUACUUCACUUUAAUGUGGAAACAUAACAAUGGCUUUAUCGUCUUCAUCCCUUUUUCUGUUUAUUGUAUUUUAUACAUAGAUUUUUAUACAUAAAUUGGAAGGUUUAUUUUAUAGAGUAAGACAGAAUGAAUAAAGAAAAAUUUUAACUAACGGAUCAAUCGUUGGAGUAAUAAACAAGUAUCUAUGCAUUCGUUUCCCGAAAGUAGAACUAAUCCUCCCAUUGCGUAUUGGUACUUAUCGGGUAUAGAAUAGAUCUGCUUCUCUUUGUUCUUACGAACAGAAUUGUUCCAUUAUUUUCAAUGGAACGGAAUAAAAAUUAACCCUUUCUCAUACGGAAUCUACUGAAAAGGUUAGAUACAUAGUAUAGUCUUUUCCAAUGCGAUAAAAUAAAGUGACAUAGUGUCUAUUUUUCUUUGAUAAAGGGGUAUUUCCAUGGGUUUGCCUUGGUAUCGUGUUCAUACUGUCGUAUUGAAUGAUCCCGGUCGAUUGCUUUCUGUCCAUAUAAUGCAUACAGCCCUAGUUGCUGGUUGGGCCGGUUCGAUGGCUUUAUACGAAUUAGCGGUUUUUGAUCCCUCUGACCCCGCUCUUGAUCCAAUGUGGAGACAAGGUAUGUUCGUUAUACCCUUCAUGACUCGUUUAGGAAUAACCAAUUCGUGGGGUGGUUGGAGUAUUUCAGGAGGAACUGUAACGAAUCCCGGUAUUUGGAGUUAUGAAGGUGUGGCAGGGGCACAUAUUGUGUUUUCUGGCUUGUGCUUCUUGGCAGCUAUCUGGCAUUGGGUGUAUUGGGACCUAGAAAUAUUCUGUGAUGAACGUACGGGCAAACCAUCUUUGGAUUUGCCUAAGAUCUUUGGAAUUCAUUUAUUUCUCUCAGGGUUGGCUUGCUUUGGCUUUGGCGCAUUUCAUGUAACAGGUUUGUAUGGUCCUGGAAUAUGGGUGUCCGAUCCUUAUGGACUAACUGGAAAAGUACAACCCGUAAGUCCAGCGUGGGGCGCAGAAGGCUUUGAUCCUUUUGUUCCCGGAGGAAUAGCCUCUCAUCAUAUUGCAGCGGGUACAUUGGGCAUAUUAGCAGGCUUAUUCCAUCUUAGUGUCCGUCCGCCUCAACGUCUAUACAAAGGAUUACGUAUGGGCAAUAUUGAAACUGUACUUUCCAGUAGUAUCGCUGCUGUUUUUUUUGCAGCUUUCGUUGUUGCUGGAACUAUGUGGUAUGGUUCAGCAACUACCCCAAUCGAAUUAUUUGGUCCCACUCGUUAUCAGUGGGAUCAGGGAUACUUUCAGCAAGAAAUAUAUCGAAGAGUUAGCGCCGGACUAGCCCAAAAUCUGAGUUUAUCGGAAGCUUGGUCUAAAAUUCCCGAAAAAUUAGCUUUUUAUGAUUACAUUGGUAAUAAUCCAGCAAAAGGGGGAUUAUUCAGAGCAGGGUCAAUGGACAACGGGGAUGGAAUAGCUGUUGGGUGGUUAGGACACCCCGUCUUUAGAGAUAAAGAAGGGCGCGAGCUUUUUGUACGUCGUAUGCCUACCUUUUUUGAAACAUUUCCGGUAGUUUUGGUAGAUGGAGACGGAAUUGUUAGAGCCGAUGUUCCUUUUAGAAGGGCAGAAUCAAAGUAUAGUGUUGAACAAGUAGGUGUAACUGUUGAGUUCUAUGGUGGCGAACUCAAUGGAGUCAGUUAUAGUGAUCCUGCGACUGUAAAAAAAUAUGCUAGACGUGCCCAAUUAGGUGAAAUUUUUGAAUUAGAUCGGGCUACUUUGAAAUCUGAUGGCGUUUUUCGUAGCAGUCCAAGGGGUUGGUUCACUUUUGGCCAUGCUACGUUUGCUUUGCUCUUCUUUUUCGGACACAUUUGGCAUGGCGCUAGAACCUUGUUCAGAGAUGUUUUUGCUGGCAUUGAUCCAGAUUUGGAUGCUCAAGUGGAAUUUGGAGCAUUCCAAAAACUUGGGGAUCCAACUACAAAGAGACAAGUAGUCUGAUACAACAUUGCUCUGGUAUCUUUCGCCUCUUUUUUUGAUUUGACAUAGGGUUAGGGUACUGAAGAAAUCUUGACUUGAAUCACCAUCUUUUCUUUGACUCUUUCCUUUUCUUUAUAUGGUAAAUGAUGCCAAAUGAAUAGGUGUGGAAGCUAUAAUUGUAAACCACGAUCGAAUCUAUGGAAGCAUUGGUUUAUACAUUCCUUUUAGUCUCGACUUUAGGGAUAAUUUUUUUCGCUAUCUUUUUUCGAGAACCGCCUAAGGUUCCAACUAAAAAAUGAAAUAAUUUUUCAUUAUCUCAGUUGAAGUAAUGAGUCUCCCCAUAUGGGAGGCUCAUUACUUCAACUAGUCCCCGUGUUCUUCGAAUGGAUCUCUUAGUUGUUGUGAGGGUUGCCCAAAAGCGGUAUAUAAGGCGUACCCAGUAAAGCUUACAAGUAAACCAGAUAUGAAGAUGGCGACUAGGGUUGCUGUUUCCAUUUUUAGACAAUUUCAAGAUCACAAUGGAUCUACGAUAAGAUCGUUUAUUUACAACUACAACGGAAUGGUAUACAAAGUCAACAGAUCUCAACCAAUGAUUAAAUAGGAUUUAUGGCUACACAAACCGUUGAGGAUAGUUCUAGAUCUGGGCCAAGACAAACUACUGUAGGGAAUUUAUUGAAACCAUUGAAUUCGGAAUAUGGUAAAGUAGCUCCGGGCUGGGGGACUACACCAUUAAUGGGAGUCGCAAUGGCCCUAUUUACGGUAUUCCUAUCUAUUAUUUUGGAAAUUUAUAAUUCUUCCGUUUUACUGGAUGGAAUUACAAUGAGUUAAGUUUAUAAGAACUUUGAAGUCCUAGUUUUCAAUCAAAAAAAUUACUUUACUUAAAACUCGGAUUUCUAGACCAUUCUGGUAGUUCGACCGUGGAAUUUAUUUGUUUCGGUAUCUCCGGAAUAUGAGUGUGUGACUUGUUAUAAUUGAUCCUAUUGAUAAUACAGAGAAUGGUCCUGUUAUCUCUAUCGAGAUGAUUCUAUUUCGUCGGAUAGUUAUUCUAGUAUCUGGAGCACGGAAUAUAUAUAGAAUAUAGAAUAGAUUAAUAAAAGAAAUAUUAAAACUAUGAUUCAUACCUACUAUUCAGACCUCGCAACCGGACUCAGAAAUUUUCAAAUAGAUAUUUCCUAAAUCAAACGAUUUUUCUUCCUUCGGACUUAUUUUUUUCUUGACCGAAGGACAACUCUUUUUCUAGAUUUUGUUGAGUCAUUACAUUCAUCGAAUAAGUGAUCAUCAAAGGGUUCUUACUCAGAGAACCUUUGAGUUUAGCUUGAGGCUUUGCUUUAUUAAAUUAAAUCAUCGUGGUUCUAGUAUGAAUCUGGGGUUUCAAUUGAUUCAUAGGGUCUCAACAAGCAAAUUCCUAUCAAUAGUAAAACAAGAAUCAAUCCGCAUUACACAAAAAAACAAGAAAUAAAAUAACAAAUAAAAAAAUAGGGAAGAGAAGAUUCAAAAGGCCUGUAAUGAUCAACAUCAAAAGAGACAGAUGAGCCAACUUGAUAUUUUGAGGCAUUAUCAUACAAAGAAGAAAUUUCUUAUUUUUGUUACUUCGUAUCUUCGGGUCGGGGCAAAUCAAGCGGCUAAGCUAAGAAGUUUUUAACUUUCUAUUACAUAUCCGUUGAAAUCAGCAUUUGUGUGUUUCUGCUUGAGCCGUACGAGAUGAAAUUUUCAUAUACGGUUCUCAGAGGGGGAGUCCCUUGGCCUUGGUUACCUAUCUCAAUAAAGUAUAUGAUUGGUUUGAGGAACGUCUUGAGAUUCAGGCGAUUGCAGAUGAUAUAACUAGUAAAUAUGUUCCUCCUCAUGUCAACAUAUUUUAUUGUUUAGGGGGGAUCACACUUACUUGUUUUUUAGUACAAGUAGCUACAGGUUUUGCUAUGACUUUUUACUACCGUCCAACCGUUACAGAGGCUUUUUCCUCUGUUCAAUACAUAAUGACCGAGGCCAACUUUGGUUGGUUAAUCCGAUCAGUUCAUCGAUGGUCAGCAAGUAUGAUGGUUCUAAUGAUGAUCUUGCACGUAUUUCGUGUGUACCUUACAGGUGGAUUUAAAAAACCCCGCGAAUUAACUUGGGUUACAGGUGUAGUUUUGGCUGUAUUGACGGCAUCUUUUGGUGUAACUGGUUAUUCCUUACCUCGGGACCAAAUUGGUUAUUGGGCAGUAAAAAUUGUGACAGGCGUACCUGAAGCUAUUCCCGUAAUAGGAUCGCCUUUGGUAGAGUUAUUACGCGGAAGUGCUAGUGUGGGCCAAUCCACUUUGACUCGUUUUUAUAGUUUACACACUUUUGUAUUGCCUCUUCUUACUGCCGUAUUUAUGUUAAUGCAUUUUCCAAUGAUACGUAAGCAAGGUAUUUCGGGUCCUUUAUAGAAUCAUAGAUAUUUGUAAUUGAUCAUAUAUCAUACUGGGGAGGAACGAUAGACAAUAAUAUUUCAUUGCUAGAAAUAUGGAUUAUUGAAAAAAUAAGACAUGUUAUUUGGAUACUUUUCUUCAACUUCGAGGUAUUGUAUUCCUUAUUUGAUACGAAUAGUUGAAGUGAAUUUUCCGAAGAGAGGAUGGAUUAUGGGAGU